GGAGGAUCACAACAGAAGCGUCUCCGGUCUUCAUUAUCAGCAGCAGCGCUCGCGCACGGUGUCCUCCGGUCCUCUCACCUUAUAUUACAUCAUUAAUACAAACAAACCGAUGUGCUGUUGUGCAGCUGCAUUCUCUACCUGACCGUUUCUGUUAUUAUACACGGUUUAAGGAAUGGGUUGCCAGAUUAACUGAUUUAUUUUUCAGCAUCCGUUUGUGUCUGAAGGGUUUUUUCUCCUUCAGGACGUGACAUCCAGGUUUUCUACAUCUUCAUUUGUCUGAAAAGAAACACCAUUAAUCAUCUGAAAUGGGGUAUGGACGCUCAGACAGCUACCGUGUGGCAACCACGCAGGACAACGAUGAGAAGGAGUCUCCUAAGAAGAAGGGAGGGAAAGAUCUUGAUGACCUGAAGAAGGAGGUGCCACUGACAGAGCAUAAGAUGUCCAUUGAGGAAGUAUGCCGAAAGUUCAACACAGACAUUGUGCAGGGUCUAACUAAUGCUAAAGCAGCUGAGUAUCUGGCCCGGGAUGGUCCAAACGCACUCACUCCUCCACCCACGACCCCAGAAUGGGUUAAGUUUUGCCGCCAGCUCUUUGGGGGUUUCUCCAUCCUGCUGUGGAUUGGCGCCAUCCUCUGCUUCCUGGCCUAUGCCAUCCAGGCAGCCACAGAAGACGAACCGGCUGGAGACAACUUGUAUCUGGGCAUCGUCUUGUCUGCUGUGGUAAUCAUUACCGGCUGCUUCUCCUACUUCCAGGAGGCUAAGAGCUCAAAGAUCAUGGAGUCCUUCAAAAACAUGGUGCCCCAGCAAGCAUUAGUGAUCCGUGAGGGUGAGAAACUGCAGAUUAAUGCUGAGGAGGUGGUAGCUGGAGAUUUGGUGGAGGUGAAAGGAGGAGACAGGAUCCCUGCUGACCUAAGGGUCAUCUCGGCUCAUGGUUGCAAGGUCGACAACUCCUCACUGACAGGUGAAUCCGAGCCCCAGACCAGAUCACCUGACUGCACCCAUGACAAUCCUCUAGAGACCCGCAACAUUGCUUUUUUCUCAACCAACUGUGUGGAAGGUACAGCUCGCGGCAUUGUAGUGUGUACUGGUGAUCGGACCGUCAUGGGACGCAUUGCCACACUGACCUCCGGUCUUGAGACGGGGAAAACUCCCAUCGCCAAAGAGAUAGAGCACUUCAUCCACAUCAUCACGGGCGUGGCUGUUUUCCUGGGAGUCUCCUUUUUCAUUCUGUCCAUCGUCUUAGGCUACAGCUGGCUGGAGGCCGUCAUCUUCCUCAUUGGCAUCAUUGUGGCAAAUGUCCCUGAAGGACUUCUCGCCACUGUCACUGUAUGUCUGACCCUUACAGCUAAACGCAUGGCUCGUAAGAACUGCCUGGUGAAGAACCUUGAAGCUGUUGAGACUUUGGGCUCCACUUCCACCAUCUGCUCAGAUAAGACUGGCACCCUGACACAGAACCGCAUGACUGUUGCCCAUAUGUGGUUCGACAAUCAGAUCCAUGAGGCUGACACUACUGAGGACCAGUCUGGAACAUCCUUUGAUAAAACCUCUGUGACCUGGGUGUCUCUGGCCCGUGUGGCUGCACUCUGUAAUAGGGCGGUGUUCAAGGCAGGUCAGGAGUCUCUGCCAAUUCUCAAACGGGACGUGGCCGGUGACGCUUCUGAAUCAGCUCUGCUAAAGUGUAUUGAGCUCUCAUGUGGCUCGGUCAAAGCCAUGAGGGACAAGAACAAGAAGGUGACUGAGAUUCCCUUCAACUCCACCAACAAGUACCAGCUUUCAGUGCAUGAGACGGAGGAGGGUGAUGAUAACCACUACAUGCUGGUGAUGAAGGGAGCACCAGAGCGUAUUCUGGAACGUUGUUCCACCAUCAUGGUGCAGGGUAAAGAGCAGCCCAUGGAUGAGGAGAUGAAAGAGGCUUUUCAGAAUGCUUAUCUGGAGUUGGGAGGACUGGGAGAGAGAGUCCUGGGUUUCUGCCAUGUGUUUUUGAAUAAGGAUCAGUACCCCAAAGGCUUUGCUUUCGAUACCGAUGAUGUGAACUUCCAGACAGAUAACCUAUGCUUUGUGGGUCUGAUGUCUAUGAUCGACCCUCCGCGUGCUGCUGUGCCGGAUGCUGUUGGGAAAUGCAGAUCAGCUGGAAUUAAGGUCAUCAUGGUCACUGGCGACCACCCAAUCACAGCCAAGGCCAUUGCCAAGGGAGUAGGAAUCAUCUCUGAAGGCAACGAGACAGUGGAGGACAUUGCCGCUCGACUUAAUAUCCCCGUCAGCCAGGUUAACCCCAGGGAUGCAAAAGCAUGCGUCAUCCACGGUUCGGAUCUGAAGGAUCUGACUCAAGAGCAGAUGGAUGAUGUUCUGAAGAACCACACUGAGAUUGUCUUUGCCAGGACCUCCCCACAACAGAAGCUUAUUAUCGUAGAGGGCUGCCAGAGACAGGGUGCCAUCGUGGCCGUGACUGGUGAUGGUGUAAAUGACUCUCCAGCUCUGAAGAAGGCAGACAUCGGUGUGGCCAUGGGAAUCUCAGGCUCUGAUGUCUCAAAGCAGGCAGCUGACAUGAUCCUGUUAGACGACAAUUUUGCCUCCAUUGUCACUGGUGUGGAAGAGGGGCGUCUGAUCUUCGAUAACUUAAAGAAAUCGAUUGCUUACACCUUGACAAGCAACAUUCCUGAAAUCACUCCCUUCCUGUUCUUCAUCCUGGUUAACAUUCCUCUUCCUCUUGGGACCAUCACCAUUCUGUGCAUUGACCUGGGUACUGACAUGGUCCCUGCCAUCUCCUUGGCCUAUGAAGCAGCAGAGAGUGACAUCAUGAAGCGUCAGCCCCGUAACCCUCUGCGAGACAAACUGGUUAAUGAGCGUCUCAUCAGCAUCGCCUACGGACAGAUCGGGAUGAUUCAGGCUCUAGGAGGUUUCUUUGCCUACUUUGUGAUCAUGGCUGAGAACGGCUUUUUGCCCUCGGUGCUCGUGGGCAUUCGGCUUAACUGGGACGAUCGCUCCAACAAUGACCUGGAGGACAGCUACGGCCAACAAUGGACCUAUGAGCAGAGGAAAAUCGUGGAGUUCACUAGUCAUACAGCUUUCUUUGUGAGCAUUGUGGUGGUUCAGUGGGCUGAUGUCAUAAUCUGCAAGACUCGUCGCAACUCUGUGUUCCAGCAGGGCAUGAAGAAUAAGAUUCUGGUCUUUGGCCUUUUUGAAGAGACAGCUUUGGCCGCCUUCCUUUCCUAUUGCCCUGGCAUGGAUGUGGCCCUUAGAAUGUACCCACUGAAGCCCAGUUGGUGGUUCUGUGCAUUUCCAUACAGCUUCUUAAUCUUUGUUUAUGAUGAAAUUAGAAAACUCAUCUUGCGCAGAAACCCAGGAGGUUGGAUUGAAAAGGAGACCUACUAUUAAAUCUUCAUCUUCUUCCUUUACUUUUCAUUCUGACCCUAUUUGCCCACAUAGUUUCUUUCUCUCUCUCUCUCUCUCUCUCUCUCUCUCUCUCUCUCUCUCUCUCUCUCUCUCUCUCUCUC